AUGAGGCUGAGCAGCAACCCUGGGACAGAAAGGGUGGUGCUGGCCAGCCGGCCAGCGAGCGAGGAGGGUGGACACCAGAAACGGACCCAGCGUGUCAGGCGCCGAGUGCGCGAUGACGACGAUGACGACGAUGACGACGUCUUGGGCCGCCCGCGCGCGGCGAGGACGCACCGGCCGACGGCCCAUCAGGUGCAAACCCCGCCCGAGGCUGUUCACUGCCCUCGAGUCCGAAAACCCAAGUUGUGUUGGCGGAAACCUCGGUUACUAAAAACGAAAAAGGAAGAUGCGGGAGGCGGCGAGGCGGCCAGUACCAAGGCUGUCCCUCCUGGACAGUCCACGGGCACAUCUGGCUGGGGCUUGGUGUUGGGCGGCUGCGCGGCCCCGCCCGAGUCCCGCCUCAGGCCGGCAGAGCGGCGGCGGGGUUGGCGCCUGGUCCCGAGGCCGAGACCGGUGGGCGCGCUGACGUCACCGCAGCACACGCUGACGUCACCGCAGUGCGCACUGACGUCACCGCAGCGCCCCUGGCGCAAGCGCCUCCCCGCGCGCCGACGGGACUUCCGGCGACGGCAGAAACCGGCGCCCUUCUUGUCCCCCACGGACCGCACGUCCCCCACGGCACCUCUGGCCUCCGGAGCCGCCGGCGGGGGCCAGCGUGGCCCCGCGCUGACUAUGGAGCUGCGGCCUCUCCAGCCUUGUGCUGAGCUUGUCUGGGUCGUCCCCAGGGUGGCCCAUGGCUGUUUCCUGCGGCAGAGGCUGCGCGUGCUCAGAAUAGUGCGCAUGCGCGCCCCAGGCCGGUGUGCGCUGCAUGCACGUGUUCGCACCCGCGUGCACCCCGUGCGUGUGAGCACGAGCGUGCAAAGCCCCACACAGGUGCGCCGCGCCUUGCAUGUGCCUGGCAACGUGUGCGCGGAUGCUGAGCGGGGCGAGCCCCUCGCUGACAGCGUGCUCACCUAUGUGACCCAGACGUCCGCUCUGACCUACGGCCCGCGGGGCGAUCACCCCGGGCCGCUUCAGGACCGUGGCCGCCUGCAGCCGGAUGAGCUCAGCCCCAAGGGGGACAGCGCCAUGGACAGGCAGAAUCUGGUCACGGUGCUGGCCGCCCACAUGCCUCGAAAGCCCCCCGUGACCCCUAGGGAUGGGGCCCUGCGACCCCAGGACCUUCUUCCCUGGGCUUGGAGAGCACAGAGGGUGCUCUCAGUGCCAGAUGACCCCCGGAAAUGGCCUCCAUCUGCGGGAGACCCCCUCAGCCCCCUGAGCGCGGGCACUGACGCUGGUCUCCAGGCGCUCUUGCGGGACCCGGGCCCGCACUGGGCUGACGGGGACGCACAGGGCUCCCUGGGCCUCCAGGACAUGGCCCACCUGAUCGCUGGUGCCGUGCGGGGCGCGCAGCCGGAGGGGCCCCUGGACAGUGCCAGCAGCGAGGACGGAGGAGAGCCCGGCGGCAGGAGGGGCCGGGCGGUGGCGGGCCGAGCCGACGGGACGCCGCGCGCCUGA